AUGCUCACAUACUCUCCUCGUGUCGUCUCUGUCUCCAGAAUCCUGCCGCAGCGUAUUCGUGCUUUUGCGGAGAGCAAGCGGGCCCUCAUCAACAACUCGUUGAACCAGUCGAAUCGAGGCGUCGACAACCCAGUCUCGACGGACAGCGAUAUCGGCGCCGGUACCGGAGGGGGCGGGGGCCAGGCGGAGCUGCGCCAUCUCUCUCAGCUGCUCAAAGCCAUGCCCGAGUACCAGAAAGAGGUGGCCAGCUUCUCAGCCAUCUACAACAUCGCCGACUCUUGUAUGGCACAAUUUCGCGCCGGAGUUGACAAACUCUGUGAAGUUGAACAGGAAAAGCAGUCAACCUCCUGGAUGGGUAUUGUUGACAGGCCACCGUAG